AUGCGUGUGGAGUUCAAAAACUCAAGUUUUAGUUUAGAAAACGCCGAGCUGAUCUGUAACGAUGCUGACUGUUAUUCGGCGGAUCUUCAUCAUCCAGACCUUCAUCUUCAUCACAGCGGAGAAGAUCUUCCACAGCAGAGACCAUUCAGAUGUGCUGAACAACAUUCAUCAGGCGGAGCUGAUCACUGACACGGACACUGCACAGCGUUUUCUGUCCAAGUAUGGCUUCAUCAAGGCAGCAGGCAGUGAAGAGUCUCAGCUGUCAGAAUCUUCAGGUGAUCUGGACUUCAGUCUCUCUCUGGAUCUCCAUGAAGGAGGAACCACAUCCGGCUCCAGCAGCUCUGAUCUGCAGUUUGUCUCUGCGCUGAGGGAUUUCCAGCGGCUCUCAGAUCUGCCCGUCACCGGAGUGUUUGACGACGCCACCAAAGCAGCCAUGAAUAAACCAAGAUGUGGCGUUAUGGAUGACGAUCAAGAACUGAAGGAUGUCACUGGAUCCAACAGCACCAGGAAUCACAUCAGAACUAGCACCAAUACAUCCCAUAAUCAUGAGCAUCAGGCUCCGGUGCGUAAGAAGCGUCACCUGUCUGCUCUUCUGAAGAAUACAAGUCUGCAGAAGCGAGAUGUGAGCAAGUGGACGGGACACAUGGCCUUCUCCAAAAGUGUGCUGAAGUGGCGUCUGAUUGGUGAAGGAUACAGCAGCCAGCUCUCCAUCCAGGAGCAGAAAUACAUCUUCAGACUGGCCUUCAGAAUGUGGAGCGAAAUCUCACCGCUGCAGUUCAUUGAAGAUCUGCACUCGCCCCUGGAAAACAUCGACAUCCGGCUAGGCUUCGGCACGGGUCGUCAUCUGGGCUGCUCUCAGCGGUUUGACGGCGCUGGUCGAGAGUUUGCUCAUGCCUGGUUCCUCGGUGACAUUCAUUUCGACGAUGAUGAACAUUUCACCGUCCCAAACACAGGGAGCGGCAUCAGUCUGCUCAAGGUAGCGGUUCAUGAGAUCGGCCAUGUUUUAGGGCUUCCUCACAUUUACCGUCCCGGAUCCAUCAUGCAGCCCAGUUACCUUCCUCAGGAUGCCGGCUUCGAAAUCGAUUGGAUGGACCGCAAAUCUAUCCAGAGGCUGUACGGAGUGUGUACGGGUCGCUUCAGCACCGUGUUUGAUUGGAUCAGAAAGGAGCAGACGCCGUACGGUGAGGUGGUGGUGCGUUUUAACACAUACUUCAUGCGGGACGGCCUGUACUGGCUCUACGAGAACCGCAAUAACAGGACGCGUUACGGGGACCCAGUGGCGGUGCAGGUGGGCUGGCACGGGCUGCCCUCUGGGGGUGUGGAUGCUUAUGUGCACGUCUGGAACAGAAAAACAGAUGCUGUCUACUUCUUUAAAGGUAUGCAGUACUGGCGUUAUGACAGUGAGAAUGAUCAUGUGUUCAGUCAUGCUCCAGACGGACGCUUGUAUCCUCGUCUGAUCUCUGAAGAUUUCCCCGGUGUAUCUGGACCGCUGGACACGGCGUACUACGACAGAAGAGACGCUCACAUCUACUUCUUCAAAGGCUCACAGGUGUUCAGGUUUGAUGUGCGCAUGCGCCGUUUGGCUUCUUCUUCUCCACAAGAGAUGACGGAGGUUUUUCCAGCCAUAGUGUCCGGUGAUCAUCCUGUGAGGAGUCUGGACGCCGCGUACUUCUCCUACACACACAACACAGUGUUCCUGCUGAAGGGCUCGCUGUUCUGGAGAGUGUUGAGCGGGAAAGAGCGCAGGCGGAGGGCUUUUCUCCCAAUGAACGGCCUGCUGGCUCACAGGCGCGUGCAUGAGCAGUGGUUCGACAUCUGUGACGUUCACAGCUCAUCUCUGAGGACCACGCGCAGGAGAUAAAGAGGAAGAGUGAGAUACACUUCAACUUAUAAGACUUACGCUUCAGG